GUUGCCCGCUGCGGCAGGCGGAGCGGGGCGAGCCGCGGGGCUGCUGCUUUGGGCACGGUGCAGGAGCCCGCGGCACAGCUGGGCGAUGAAGGACGGGAGCGCCCGGGGGUCCUGCGGCCUUCUCGGCAGGCACAGCUCUGCACUUUCCUGUUACCAUGCCAAGAGAUAAUGAAAAAUUCACCAGUUUACCUCUGCCUAGUCUUUUUUUUUAAUCUACCAACCACAUCCUGAAUGCCCGAAUGACCAGUGUUCUUGAUCCAUCUUCACAGAAUUAUUUCAAGUAGUCUGUUCCAGAGAUUAAUGAUGUUACAUCGACAGCUAGUACUUGUUUUUGGAAUAUCUCUAGCUAGAGAUAUAUAUGCCUCUAGAAGCUGUUAUUCAGAAGGCCAAAUCUCCCAAUAUUAUUUCUGCAACCUCACAGAUGUUCCACUUGUGCCAAAGGAUACAAUGAAGCUUUUGCUAAGUUUCAACUAUAUCAGACAAGUGAAUGCAACUUCAUUCCCACUGCUGGAGCACUUGGUGGUGUUGGAAAUCGGAACACAGCAUGUCGUUCCUGUUACUAUAGGAAAAGCAGCUUUCAGGAACCUGCCAAACCUUCGUGUCUUAGAUUUAGGUUUCAAUGGGAUUCUUCAACUGGAUCUUGAUGCUUUUGUGGACUUGCCAAAUUUGACUGUUCUCCUGCUGUUUUCUAACAGUCUUGGAGACUCCAUCCUGACGGAACACUACUUUCGAGAUUUGAGGUCCUUAGAAGAACUGGAUCUUUCAAAGAACCAAAUCACAAAACUUCAGCCUCAUCCCUUGUUUUCUAAUCUGACAGUCUUGAAAACUGUGGACCUGAAACUCAACAAGAUAUCCAACCUGUGUGAAAGCAACCUCACCAGCUUCCAAGGAAAAAGAUUUUUAUUUUUUAACCUCAAUUCUAACAGGUUAUACCAUACCAGUCUAACGGCCUGGGAGAAAUGCCCAAAUCCUUUCAGAAACAUUACAUUGACCUCAUUGGACCUUGGUCACAGUGGUUGGAAUGCAGAGCAAGUCCAGUAUUUCUGUACAGCCAUAAAAGGGACUCAAAUCAGUUCUUUAAAACUUAAUUCUCAUAUAAUGGGUUCAGGAUUUGGCUUCAAUAACUUAAAAAAUCCAGAUGAAAAUACAUUUACAGGUCUAGCAGGAAGUAAUCUUCAUUUGCUUGAUAUUUCAGAUGGCUACAUUUUCUCUCUCAAUUCUUUAGUCUUUCAAAGCCUUGGUAGUUUGGAAUUGCUGAACCUUUGCAGAAACAAGAUAAAUCAAAUCCAAAGGCAUGCAUUUUUUGGCUUGGGAAAUCUAAAAACUCUCAAUCUCUCAGGUAAUCUUUUAGGCGAGUUGUACGAUUAUACUUUUGAGGGGCUACAUAGUGUAAUGCUUAUUGAUUUACAGCAAAAUCAUAUUGGGGAGAUUGGUCAAAAAUCAUUCAAUAGUUUAGUAAAUCUAGAAAUAAUUGAUCUUCGAGACAAUGCUAUUAAAAAACUCCCUUCUUUUCCAGAUCUGACCACUGCCUUUUUCGGUGACAAUAAGCUGAUGUCUGUAGCUGACAGAGCAAUAGUUGCAACAUUUCUUGAUUUAGAAAGAAAUUGGUUGGAAAACCUGGGUGACCUGUAUAUACUUUUCCAAGUUCCAGAUUUGCAGUAUAUCUUCUUAAAACAGAAUCGCUUCUCUUACUGUGUGAAAAGAGUUAAUGUUAUAGAAAACAAUCAGAUAAUCUAUAUAGAUCUAGGAGAAAAUAUGUUACAGCUUGUGUGGGAGAGAGGUUUAUGUUUGGAUGUAUUCAGGGUACUCUCCAAACUGCAGGUUCUACAUCUGAAUAACAACUACCUCAGUGCUCUUCCACAAGAGGUUUUUAGAGGUCUAACAUCUCUACAAAGACUUAAUCUAGCUUCCAACCUAUUGUCUCAUCUUUCUCCCGGGACUUUUCCACAAAGCCUAGCAAACCUAAACUUGUCUGGAAACCAGCUUUUCUCCCCUGAGCCUGAAAUCUUUAUGACUUUGAGCAUCCUGGAUAUAACACACAAUAAGUAUGUCUGUGAUUGUAAUUUAAAGAGCUUACUACUGUGGCUGAAUGAAACGAAUGUAACCCUAGCUGGCUCACAGUAUGACAGAUACUGUGUAUAUCCACCUGCUUUUGAUGGGGUACCUCUGUCUUUUCUGCUAUAUGAUGAUUGCAGUGAAGAUGAACUUCAGCAGUCUCUCAGGUUCUCAGUAUUCAUCUUCACUUCUGUCACCCUGGUAAUGUUUAUGAUGGCAGUCGUCAUUUUUACUCGCUGUCGGGGGAUUUGUUUUGUCUGGUAUAAAACUGUCACAAGAACUUUGAUAGACAGCCGUCAACAAGCACCUGAUACAAGUGAGUAUAGAUAUGAUGCAUAUUUGUGCUACAGCAAAAACGACUUUGAAUGGGUCCAGCAUGCUUUACUUAAACACCUGGAUUCACAGUAUUUUGACAAAAACAGAUUUACCUUGUGCUUUGAGGAAAGAGAUUUCUUGCCUGGGGAAGAACAUAUCAACAAUAUUCGUGAUGCCAUUUGGAACAGCAGGAAAACAGUUUGCAUUGUGACAAGGCAGUUUCUCAAAGAUGGGUGGUGUGUGGAAGCCUUUAAUUUUGCCCAGAGCAGAUAUUUUUGUGAUCUGAAAGAUGUCCUCAUUAUGGUAGUGGUUGGGUCACUUUCUCAGUAUCAACUGAUGAAACACAAACCAAUUCGAAUCUUUUUACAACGGAGUAAGUAUCUGCGGUGGCCUGAAGACCAUCAAGAUGUAGACUGGUUUUUAAAUAACCUUUCUCGCCAAAUUCUGAAAGAGAAAAAAGUGAAAAGGAAAGUCAGUGGUGUAGAGCUGCAGACUGUAGCAACAGUCUCACGCUGAUAUGGUAUGGGUUGCUGCCUUUGUAAAUAGUCUAUUUCCAGCUGUGCUGUGGGAGGAAGAAACACAAGCUUCUUCAGCUUUUCUUGCAAAAGCAGGUUGCAAUAAAACUAUUUCAGUUUAGCUCUUACUAAACAUGGAAACCGCUUGAAAGAAACUUACAAAUACAAGAAAGUGUAGUUAUUGCACGGACUAUAACACACAUUUUCAGAAGAAUUAAAUGAAUCAUGGGUGGCUUGCAUUUUGGAUUUCUCAGCUCGAGAAACUUUAAUUUUCAGAGUGCUACGUACUUGCAGCAUACUUGUCUCUGUUUCUGUGGGAGGAGGGUGCCUUUUCUUUCCUUUUUUUUUAAAAAAAAAAAAAAAAAAAACAGUGGUAGAGCAUGAGCAGCCGCAAAUAUGCUUCCCUCUGUGGCCUACCCUGGUCACCGACCGGUUCAUGGAUUACUUGCUGCUCUGCUUUCUGACCUCUGUAACUUUUCAUGCCCUAUGUCAAAAGGGCAUCAGUGUUCCCCAACUUUACCCUGGAAAUUGGUGGAACACAGAUUUUAUUUACUUGUUUACCCCUCAUUUAGCCUAAAUUCUCAACUGGAAUAGACAGAUUUUGAAUUUCACUCAUCCCUGUCCCCUCCGUAACGUCUCUGCAUGGUGGUAAAACUUCAGUUGUGGGGCUACUUCGUUUGCUGCUGUUCCCCCUAGGAAGUUUUUCAGGCAAGCCGGCUUCUUCCCUGCAUGGGCAGAGAGAAGGGAGCAGCCCCUUCCCGAGCAGCGCUGCAUCCCGUGUGCUGCCAGCUCUCACAGGACACAGCCACCGCGCAGCGCGGGCUGCACUGCCCUGUGCCUCCAGCACGGCCCCGGCCCCCUGCGAGAAGGGCGCGCACCAACCUACCUCAGCAGCCGCGAGGGCUGUGUGCCGGUGACAAGGUCGAUAGCCCAGCAGCCACCAGACAGCUUUUGCCCGCUGAGCGUGGAAAGUGCAGAUGGCAGCUGAGUAACCUGAGUUGUCCUCUGCACGGCCUGCGUCCACAUCAACUCUCGGAUUUUUUUUUCUGCUCCUAUUGAAAUAGUUUUCUAGUAUGAUUGGCAUCUGAUAUCUUAUCUCUUCUCUAAAACUUAUGCCACUGUUUUGUCCUGGUGUGUAACUUCAGAGAUUUGAUCAGAGUCAUUUUAAAUAAAAGUCAGACUCGGUGUG